AUGACUCAAAGGAAUGAAAUCGUCGCGAAAUUUGGUGAACCUGCUGAUGAACCCAAGGUUCUAGCAGCUCUAGAGGAUCUGAUGAAAAUACACUCAUUAGAGGCAGAGGAUCUUUACAUAAAAUGGGAACAAUACGCAUAUCAAAGGUCCGGGAAAGCUACAGAACUCGAUCUCGCUACUCUAGAUGCCUUCAAACAGAACAUCCAACAGCAAAUCGAAAAGAAGUCCAGCUUAUCUGGAGGCCAGUCAUCGGCAACUUCUUCUGCAGUGAAGAAGGCUAAAGUUUUGAAACCGAAUGUAUCCAGUCCUUCACUGUUUGGCUUUGGAAUGCCCAGAACGCCUACCUUGAAGAAGCGAAGGGUGGACCUUACGCCAACACAGCCAAAUGAAUAUCAAAAGCGAGACGCUACAGCAACUGACUCGGGUACCACCCUUUUUACACCGACCAACGGAGUAAUCGACAACGCUCUAUCAUCAAUGCCUUCACCGUCAUUGAAUAAUCCCGACCCAGGGAAAACAGUGGAAACACUGAAUAUAUCAGACAUCGAUGUGGCAGACGGCCUCGAUAUUGAUGGGGAUAAAACAUUGAAACCAUCUCCCUUUUUCGAAGCGGCUAAAUUCAAUUUUAGAACUUUGCGGCAAAACCUACUAGACGCUGCAGACGUCCUCGACGAACAGCUUGAAAUGUUUAUUCGUGCAGUGCAAGAGCAUUAUAAGUUAUCGGCCAGCGACAUCGGAGAUCCAACUGUUCAGUCUCAAUCCGUAAUAACUGUUGUAGGUCGUAUUGUGCCAGAUUCGCCGGCGACUGAGGGUAUCCUAAACACCGAAUCGCUAGCCUUAGAAACAUCAAGACUAACAGGUGUAGGGCGUCGGGUUCAGCUUAAUCUAGAAAAGGUGCACGAAGUGUCAUUGUUCCCUGGACAAAUUGUUGCCUUUCGUGGAAAAAACGCUAACGGGGAAUACUUUAUGGUUGAAGACACCCUCCAAAUUCCACAUCUAAAUUUUCCCGUCUCCACUAGCGAAGAAUUGUUGGCAUUCAACGAAAGUAUGGAAAGUAGGCCAACAAAAAUGGCGGUGCUAAAUGGACCAUACACGUCCUCCAAUUGCUUAGACUUUAGUAAUUUAGCUGCUUUCAUUGAAAGAAUUAAUGCUGAAAUCAGGCCACACGUUCUUAUCAUGCAUGGCCCAUUUCUCGACACAACUCAUCCGUUGAUAGCAAGCGGUAACAUCCCGGAAUUUCCAGAAUUAAAAAUCCAACCUAGGACCCUGGAUGAAGUGUUCACCAAAGUCAUAUCACCCGUGCUGAGGCAAAUUGAUGCUAGAAUUCAAGUCAUUCUGAUACCUUCGACCUUGGACACUGUCUCUAACCACGCCGCUUACCCUCAAAACUCAUUGAGCAGGAAACAUUUGCAGUUGCCCAAAAACUUCAAGUGCUACACUAAUCCUUCCACAUUUCAACUAAACGAAGUUUUCGUAGGUUGCUCUAAUAUAGAUGCUUUCAAAGAUAUCAAAGAAGUUGUAAAGGGCGGUAAUACCUGCUCGAAAAACAGAUUCGACAGAAUAGCAGAGCAUAUUUUAACUCAGCGAAGGUUCUAUCCUUUAUUCCCUGGUGGAAUAAAAAAAAAAAAAGUAAUAGGUGACGAUGGGCAUGAGCGGUGGGAACACAUCAGCGGAGCCGAUUUAGAUGUCCCUUAUCUUGGACUUACAGAGUUUGUGGGAAAUAUUUUGCCUGAUCUUAUAAUAAUUCCUAGUGAACUUACGCACUUCGCGCGUGUAGUGCAAAAUGUAUUAUUCGUCAACCCUGGAAUGUUCAUGAGACCAUCGGGUGUAAGAGGGACUUACGCACAAAUAUCCGUGAGUCCGCCAGAUUUACUUGACGGCAAACUCACUAAAAUAGAGGGAGAGGAUGACGUUUAUUUGCAUAAUCUUUGGAAAAGAUGCAGGGUGGAUAUAGUAACAGCUUAG